GAAAACUCGGCUUGGUGAUCUGCGCGAGGAUACACUUCUUCUCGAAUUGCAGAUUGUUAGGGUUUGGUAAGGAUAUCAUCAAUGGCAAGACAUUCUUAAUAUAUAUCUCUUAGCCGAGCGCUGCAACGGCCCGGCCAAGGAGUGAGAUCCGGUGGCACAUCAUGAGGCAUCAAGUUCAGCUUAUAACUUUCAGCCUUCUGCGUUUCCUCGCAUGACUCGAAAUUCUUACAUACCUAUGGUUGUUGCUAAAGACUGUUCACCACUGUGCGUACAACAAAAUGAUUUAUGUCUUGGCAAUCAUUCCGGUGCUUUUUAUUUUCUUGCAAUCCUGUAAAAGCUCGAAUGUUUCUUCGUCAACAAGGCCGGUCGUCAUCCCGCCCAGCGUAGAAUGGGAUGGACCUGAUGGAACCUGGUCCUCGUUCGAUAUAAUAGGGGGAUCAGAUAAACAGAAAAUUUGGAGAUUCGCAGCGACGGCCUAUCAGACCUACUCCCUCCCAACCAACACUACUUGGUGCGGCUUCACAGAUACGAGACCGUCGAUAUGCGAAGAAAGAGGAAUAUGUCGGCCGCCAAAAUCAAAAAGUUGGGUUCCGGCCGAAGUUGCUGGAAUGUACCCACUGUAUACUCGGGACGGCGAAAUAGUGACAGGAGACAUCGGAAUUGAUACAGUUACAGUAGAAAUCGGAGGGAACCAAAUUUUGGUUCCCGAACAGUGCAUGGAAUUUAUAGCAUCUGAAAACUUCGCCAUGGCGCUGUUCGGCCUGGGAAGUCAACACUUCGACCAUCACGUCGACUUUGGCAAUGGGUCCUCAAAAUCUUCCAAACUGUUUCCGCUGAUGGACGGGUUGCGUGACAUGGGGGUCAUACAAUUCCACUCCUACAGCUACCGUACGGGCAGUCGUUAUCGGAACCAGAGAGCGAGCUUGAUUGUAGAUGGAUACGACCCAGCGCUCAAAGCCAAGGGAUAUAAAACUCUUGCGUGGUACUUGAUAGAUGAAGAUGUGCCAGAUAGAGGACUUGUUAGAGGACUCGUCGUCCGCUUGUCUUCUGUGAGCUUCCGUUCUGGAUCGGAAUCUAGGAUUAACAAUUCCCCAGAACCGAUUGAAGUGAUGAUUGACUCUUAA